AUGCCUACAGAUGUGGCGGGGGCUGAAGUAGAAGAUGAUCAGUCUUUAUCACUUCCUGGUAGUGAGUCUAUUACGCUUUUAACGAGGCGUUUGAACUGCAUUGGGGAGUUAACGCAUAAACUGCGUCUGUGCCAGGACGAAGAGAUGAGUCGUUUUCAAAAUGUUAUAGAUGCACUAAACAAAGAGGAGGCACGUAUUUGGAGGCAAUUUCAUGUUGUCGACGUGCGGCACAUGGAGUUGAUGGCUUCUUUUGGACUUCCGGCGGAGUCGUUGAAUACAGCAUUGUUGUGGGACGAGAUGUACCAUUUAUCUUUAACAGAGGUGGAGUUGCAGAUUAUGGAGACUAAGGCCGAGGAGAAUAUUCACUCCUUGCGAGCGCGUAUGGCUUAUCGCUGUCUAGGGGGCAGUGACAAUGUUAUCACUUCUUUUAAUGAAAAACUUGUAUUUGCGCGUUAUCACAUUUCGCGGGCGGCGGCACCCUCUGGUCUUUGCCAUCAUCCAGAAGGGGGCGCACCCCCUGCUCUGCUGACAAACGCCUUUAUAAAAUCGGAUUCCGCUUGCAAUAUGGAUAGUACGAAUGACACAGCUUUUUUAGAAACUGAAACGGACAGCACACAUGUUUCUUCAUUGGAAUUGAAGGAGCUUGUGACGGCCAUUAACAGCUCCAAGGGUGCAUCACGGAAAGUGCGUGAUGUCCUGUACCGUUUCGCGUCUGUGUCUCCACCCUUAGUUCUUCAACGUGAUAAAUGUGGGGAAACUCCUCUUCACAUCGCAUGCGGCUUGUGUAAACCAUCGCUGGAUGUGAUUGGAGAACUACUGCAUGCGGGAGCCAAUGCCAGCGUCAAAGAUGCUGCCGGCUUCACCCCUUUUCACUUGGCUUGUCUUCACACACGGGAUGACAACAGUUUGCUGAUACAACUCUUGCUGGAGAGUGGCUGUGAUGUAAAUGUGCGCACCACUGAAGGCGAGACAGCGGCGCAUUUGUGUGCCGUGGAUGAUAAGUAUUUCCAUUCACUACAAUUUUUGUAUCAUGUGGGAGCUGAUUUUUCAGCAGGGGCUUUUUUCGAGGCGUGUGGUGCACUCCCAUGGAUGUUGCACGCGCCAACGGAGAAAAAGCGUCCUGCAUUUUUAACUUUUUGA